AUGACAGCAGCUGGUAUGUAUACUGUACACAUAUGUCGUUUUUUUGGAAACACGCUGUAGUAUAUGGUGGUAAAGUCAGAGAAAUGGUUAGCGAUUAAAAAUAUACGUCGUGGCAUCUGUAUAAAAAAACAUUGAGCUGAAUCUAUUAAAGGUGUGAAUAUGCCCUUAGGCCACCUAAUUCUUCAUCUUUAUUUUGCUGCCUUCGUUUAUAGUGUUUGGCCUUUCCUUUCCUAGAGUACUGUACAGCACGGAAAAUGUAGGCAGGUUGUGUUUAAACAACAAAAAUCCAUUACGUGCUUUAAUUUCAUUGUAUUGUAGGACGCAAAGAAAGUCUUACUGAGCAUGUUUUAGGAUGGAAUAAACGAAAGGUCUUGAACAUGCCUACGUAUCUCAGGAUGCGUUAUGCUAAGGUUUGUUUAAUAUACGUGCAGUAUUUUGGUACUACAUUGCACUGUAGCAUGGGGAAAUACUGCUGUACCAUAUAUAAUUAUGGGCUACAAGAUUGGCUGAUUUUCGCUCAUUUUAUUGCAGACUGCCAAAACACUUGUAGAAAAGCAAGAAGAAUUACAAGAAACUCUAUCGGAAUUUGGCCUACAGGCCAAAGAACAAACUAUUUUACAGUGGAAGAAAGCUGUUGAAGACUUUACACGAGGUUGGUGCCGUGUGUAAAUACACUGUAGUCUGUAGUCGUCGGUAGUACCCCUUGCUAUAUGUAUGUGUGAGGUAUAAUAAAUUUUAUAGCGACAAUUUAUGUGCGCGUGUGCUUACUGUAAUCAGGGUUCCAAAUGGCAUUUUGCUUGUGCCUGGGGUUCAGUAUUCAAAAAAAUUAAUAGCCCAAUUUUCUUAGUUUUCAUGCAAAUACCCCCCUAAAAUUUUUUGGGAGUGACUUACGAGAGGCUUAUAAGUUAUACCCUUAUAAAGCUAAUUUAGUGUAAUUAAAUCAAUUAUAGCUGGUGAUGAAAAGGAAGAGCAGUAUGGUGAUAUUGAAAAUUACUUCAUGUUGUUCCAUCAAAUUUGUGAUGCUACGUUGUUGAAAUCAUUUUUGGAGGGAGGUGUUAAACAAACACGCGACCUACUUGGUAAUGUUGUACAGUGUAGUCCAAGAUUAUGCAACUGGCAAGUAUGCAGCAACGCUUGAGCAAGAUAAAGGAAAAACUCCAUCACCUUCCAGAAGAAGUGCUUCUUGAGAGAGGAAAAGAAAAAUUGGUAUUGAACUCGAUAUCGAAAUUACAAACGAAAGCGGAAAUUAUAUAUUUUUCAACACAGAGGAGGACACGUGAUAUAUCUAAAGUAGCUGGUAUGUACCUCUUGGUCGGCUGUGAUCUAUAAUUAUUUUUCCUUUUUAUUUUAACUUUUUUGUGUAAUUAUAUAUUAAUAGAUCGAUCUAAAAUGAGAUCAAGAUGAGAAAGAAAAUGAGCAAUGAAAAACAGAGUUUAAAAUCAGUUGUAGAUAAGUUAAAUGCUUUUGGCUCCAUGUGUGACAGAUCGAAUAUUUCACUUGAGAAGAUCUUGGAAGGAACUUUUCCAUGGUCAGACAACAGCGUGGAAUUUGGUAAUGUAUACUCUUCCGUAUCAACAAUACUAUCAACAAUAAAUAUAAUAAUCACAUUCUUGUAAGUCAAGUCAAGUUCUUUUAUAUUAGUAUAUAUGUGGGUUUUUAGACUCUAUUCCUAUUCGUACCAAGGCCAGUGUUGUGGACAAAUACAUUGGUGUACAGCGAUUAAAAAAGGAGCAAACUUUGUUGAUUAGAGAAAUGAUGAAUUUUAUGGGAUACUACCGAGACAAUGUCCUUAACAAUUUGGAAAAACAACAUGACGAGAUCAGAGAAACAAUUGGUAAAAUAACGAUUGUUGGCGUUGUUACUCUAAUUAGCCCCACAUGCAGUAUUAGCAUAAUUACAUAGGUGAUUAUUGAAAAUUCUCCACACAGAUUGAUUGCCGUUGAGGUGAUUAUAACGCGAUAUCGCCUAAGAGAUUCCGGAAAUGGCGGCCGAAGCCGUUUUGUAAAUUAAAUGACGACGAAAUGUGUAGUUUCAAUUUUUUCCCAAUUAAUCACCUACGAAAUUAUACUAAAACAAUUAAUCACCUCAGGCUCGGUCAUUAUCAUCAAUAAAUUAUUAUUCACCGAUAAUCACCUCACCUUCGGCGAAUAAUUGUUAAAUAUUAUUGCUCAUGCCCUAUCAAUUCCAUUUUGUAUGUUGUAUUCAGAGAAUAAGCUGAAUCCAGAUUUUGUUGAGGAGGAAAGGGUGAGUAAAAAGCUGUUAAUAGAUUUAUGUCAUUGUUUAUGACAACAUUGGAUGUACAUUUACAUCUGCACAUAUAAUUUUGUCCAUAUAAUUACAGUUUAAAUGAUUUAUAAUAUAAAUCACAUCAAGAUGUGUGUGCAUGGAAAGUUAACGUGCAGCAAAACGUCUUUAAAUAGACGUGUGGACUUAAUGUAUUCUUAAUAUAUGGUGCACAUAUUUUUCUUUUUCAUUAUCUAGGUCACACCACACUCGCUUCCUGAAAUAGACGCGAAAAGAUACUCAGUUAGCACAGAGAAUCUUGUAUCCCUAAAAGGAAAACUUGCCAUGUGCAAUGCUGGGAAGUGGUUUGCCAAAGUUGCAAACGAAUCGUCGAGGAAAAUGAAAUGGAAGAAUAGCUAUAAUCAUGCAUCAUUUGUCUAA